AAGCACGUUUUUUAAUGAAGAGUGCUUCAGCCGAAGCGCGCCCGAGCGCGCCACAGUCCGUUUGAAUGAGAGAGGAGGGCCUCGCGACAGAUUUCUUACGUCGUAAUGUGUCAUUCAGAGCUCGGGCUAGGGCGAGUCUUACUGCAGACUCCGACGCUUUCAGGAGGAACCGAGAUGAGCAUCACAAGGCUAACAAAUAAAGUGCACAUUUAGGCCAGCCGUUUCAAAACAGGGAUGGAGGCAAUAGGUUGCGUGUUUCUUGAACUCCAUAAUUUAGAUUCCAGAGACUGAGGAGAUCAACCUACACACAAGGAGCGUAUCUGGACAGGAAGUUUUUCUUACCCCUUCACCCACGAACUUCAGCCCCCUGACCCUUGAUCCCUAGCAAUGAUGUCAGGAAAGGGAAAGGCCAGCCCGCGUCACCGGCCAUGGUCAGUGUAUCGGGCCAAUACCUUUGACCUCUCAGCUGAGAUGAUGGGUCUUACCCUGGCAGGUAACAGCCAAGACCCAGAUGAGCCAGUGUUGGAGUUUAGCCUGGCCUGCAGUGAGCUGGUCACGCCGUCACUGGAUCGCAAGCCAACCAGCUUUGUGGCGGUCAGCUGCACCACUCCUCCUCAGGCCUUCUGGACCAAACACGCUCAGACAGAGAUCAUAGAGGGUACCAGUAAUCCCAUCUUUCUCAGCAGCAUAGCGUUCUUCCAGGACUCUCUGGUUACUCAGCAGACUCAGGUCAAGCUGUCAGUGUACGAUGUGAAAGACCGCUCCCAGGGCACGAUGUACCUGCUGGGGUCAGCCAUGUUCCCUGUGAAGGAACUGCUGCAAGACAAACAUCACCGAUUACACCUGACUCUCAGGUCGGCGGAGGGGGAGAGAAUGGGAAACAUCACCAUAAUCGCCUGGCAGAUAGAGGAAAGACGAGAGCAGAGAGCCCCUGUCACCCGGCAGGACACCGUCAAUGGCAGAAUGGUGCUUCCAGUAGAUGAGAGCCUGACUCAGUCUGUGAACAUCAGGGCCAAGUCUGCCUCUUUGUGCAAAGAUACACUGCUGAAGGCUGUGUGUGGGGGCACUAUGUCCCGGAUGUACCGAUUUCCCACCACGGAUGGGAACCACCUGCGCAUCCUGGAACAGAUGGCUGAGAGUGUCUUGUCUCUUCACAUUCCACGGCAGUUUGUCAAGCUGUUGCUGGAAGAGGACGCUGUCAGGGUGUGUGAGCUGGAAGAGUUGGGGGAGUUGUCUCCAUGUUGGGAGAACCUAAGGAGAGAGAUCAUUACUCAGUACCAGACCAUCAUCCUCACCUACCAGGACACAAUCGGCGACCUGCACGAAUAUAAAGGUCCCUCCUUUAAGUCAAGUACCCUGAAAGCUGACAAGAAGCUUGAGUUCCUCCCUACUAACAUGCAUGUUCAGAGGAUGAGAGUACAGGGGCAGUCUGGCUAUGACAGAACCUAUGAUGUGGUGACUCUCGGUGCUCCGGCAGCCCACCACCAGGGCUUCAAGCACUGUGGCCUCAGGAAGCUCCUCCACAAGUUAGAGGAGGCCAGGAAACUCUCAUAUGAGGAGGAAUGCAGUGCUGGAUCUGGUUCUAAGCCAGUGGCGUACCUUCCUCAAGACGUGGUGAGGGCGAAGGAGCUGAUUGGUCAAAUCAACACGUUGAAGACUCAGGUGUGUUACUACGCUGAGCGACUGUCCCGGGCGGCCAAGGAGCGCUCAGCCAACGCUCUGGAGAGAACCCUCGCCAUCCUGUCUGAGAAGACUCGUCAGUUAGUGACAGUAUGUGACUCCAAGCUGUUGUCUUCUGCCAUCCUGGCCCUUUCCUCCGCCCGACCAGAGUACAUCGCCCAGAAGGGUACUCCCUCCCCGUCUUCCCUCACCCCCUCUCCAUCCCGAUCCCCCUCUCGUCACUCCACCUCCCCCUUGCGCCAGUCCACCUCCCCCUCACAUCCCUCCAUUUCCCCUCGCCAUUCAGCGUACCUGGAGGGAGAGGGCGUGAGGGGAAAGCGCUCUUCCCUACAUGCAGACUGGCAUGAGGAGGACUGGGAGAAGGUGUGGUUGAAUGUGGAGAAGAGUUUGGAGUGUGUGGUCCAGAGGGUGGACAGGCUACUGGCCAAGGAGAGGCUGCAGAGCGACAGCAGCAGUGAGGACGUGUUCCUGGACUCUCAGCAGCAGACCAACUCCUCCACUAAUAAAGGUGCCAGUGGAAAUAGGGAAGUCUUCUGGAUCCAUCCCGGAUCGACAUCUUCAUCACCUCUCCCUCCAUCAACAUCUUCAUCACUUCUUCCUCCAUCGACAUCUUCAUCCUCAUUGUCCUCAUUCUCUCAUCUGACCGCCACAUGUCAAUCAAACCGUGAAAAAGGACAGAGCUACCGCAGCUCAGAGGUGGAAAAAGAAAGACCCUCCCCAGGUGAAUGGAGCGAGGCGCUGUACCCCCUGCUCACAACGCUGACCGAGUGUGUGACUCUGAUGAGUGACAAGGCCAAGAAGUCCAUGGUGUUUCUCCUGAUGCAGGACAGUGCUCCCACCAUCGCCAUGAGCCUCGCUCUGCAGUACAGGAGAGACGUGGUCUUCUGCCAGACCCUGUCAGCUCUGAUCUGUGGCUUCAUCCUGAAGCUGAGGAACUGUCUCUGUGACGACGGCUUCCUCCGACAGCUUCACACCAUCGGCCUGUUGGUCCAGUACGAGGGCCUGCUCAGUACCUACGGGGAGGAGCUAGCCAUGUUGGAGGACAUGAGUGUGGGGGUUACGGACCUGCGGAACGUCACCUUUAAGGUCACCCAGGCAACCUCUGCCUUCGGCCCGGACAUGCUGCCUGUCAUCACCGGGAAUCGGGACGGCUUCAACGUCCGGGUUCCGUUACCGGCGGCGAUGUUUGACGCGUUGCCGCGGGAGAUCCAGAAUGGCAUGCUGUUGAGAGUGCAGCCAGUUCUCUUCAAUGUGGGAAUCAACGAACAGCAGACACUGGCCGAGAAAUUUGGAGACACAUCUCUUCAGGAGGUGAUCAACAUGGAGAACAUGGCUCGUCUCAGCUCCUACUACGACCAGUUCAAAGAGGUCCUACCUGAAGACUUCCUCCCUCGUUCCCGUAGUCACACCAGCGUUCCUGAGCUGCUGAAGAUGUUGGGGCAGAACAUCCAUGCCAAGAAGACCAAGAACGUGGAGAUCCUGUGGCAGGCAGCGGAGGCAUGUAGGCGUCUGAACGGUGUGCGUUUCACCAGCUGUAAGAGUGCCAAGGACCGCACGGCCAUGUCCCUGACCCUGGAGCAGUGCCUGGUACUCCAGCAGGAGCAUGCCCUCGCCCCACAGGUCUUCUACCAGGCCCUCGACUGCAUGCGCAGCGAGGGCUGCCGACGGGAGAACACCAUGAAGAAUGUGGGAUGUCGUAAAUACGCCUUCAACUCCCUGCAGCUGAGGGCAUUUCCCAAACAGUACCGCCCACCUGAGGGCACCUAUGGGAAAGUAGAAACCUGAUUGGACAGACCAGUUGCCCAUCUAUCCAAGUAGCCAAUAGAAGGGGAAAGGGAAUAAACGUUAACCAUAACAAAGUAAAAAUAACAUCACAAACGCAACCCCUCCCUAACGUAGCGCUGAUUCACAGUUGAUGAUGUCAUGUUAUCAGUGGUAGAUUGUUUGAUAGCAGUUCCCUCUACCGGCGUAAUGUCACGAGAACCACAGCAACAGACACAGCAGCACACACAGCAACAGACACAGCAACAACCACAGCAACAGACAGCAACAGACACAGCAACA